AUGGCCGCCGCCCCAAGCUUCAGAACCAUCUCUCCUUCCGUCCGCCUCCCACUUCAUCGGCCCGUCGCCACCAGCCGCACACUCCCAAACCAAAUAUCAUCAUCAUCAUACUAUUUCUCAACCACACGCGCCGCCCUCAGCGGCAGCACCGGCCCCAAUGGGAACCCUAGUUCCUCCUACCCGACGUUCUCCCUCAAACGCAUCAGCCCGAAUCCCCGCGUGAGGAUGGCUGUCGGCGCCGGUCUCGCCCUCCUCGCCGUCGCCGAGGGCUACGCCAUCAUGGAGUUCUGGCCCAAGAUCACCGGCCGGGACAACAACAACAAGAGGCAGGGUAGCCCUGAGUAG